CAGAGCUCUCGCGUCUCCAGGCAACGGGAAUAACAGAGGCCGGCGGCGAGCCCCUGCGCGGCGCCUUCUGUUGGUGGGGGUCUGGUCGGGAAAACUAGGUCCUGGGGUUUCCCCUGAGCAGGAGCAAUCCCUGAAAGCCUCAGGCUUCUGUCCAGGCCUGAAUGGAUGGUGUCCAGUUGGUGCCACAUCUGCCUGUGGGUGUUAUGCUCCCAUAUAAUAAAACAGAAACUCCAGGGCUGCACUCAGCCAAACAAGAUUAUGGACAAUGUAACUCUUCCCAGAGGUCCUCCAUGGGGCACCUGAAGAACAGUUUCCACCAGAAGCUUUUGAACAACAAAGAGCUGAUGCUGGAUAAUCUCUACGCUCACUCCCAAUGGAACACCUUCACAAAAGCCUAUACCUAUCCCCACUGUGCUGGAAUCAACCAGCAAGUUUCAGGAAGUGAUUCCCAGGGCCAAGGAAGGGGUGUGUUUUACUCUUCCGGCCCUCAAUCCUGCUAUCCCAAGGCAAAUAACCAGGAUGUCAUCCCCUGUACAAAGAAGCGAGUUGGGGUAGACCGGGCAUACCCACUGAAACCUGUGUUCCACCGGAAAUCUCACAGUACUGGUGAGGCCAGCUCUGACGUGAACCAGAAUGUCUCUCCUGAGCCAAGAGAGUUUUCAUACAGCAGCUUUGGUUUGAGGAAUCAGGCAAAUUCAUCUGUGGUUGAGACUGUUUUUGCUGCCAUGCAGGGAGAAAGGGCCAUGGCAAAUCCUGACAGGACUAAGUGGAUGCAGAUCCAAAGACUUGAAGCUGCAGGGGAGAGCCUAGAGGAGGAAAUCCGAAGAAAGGAGAUCCUCUUAAGGGAAAAACUGAAAAAGACAGAGGAGGAACUCAGGAGAAUUCAGAAAGAAAAGGAACAGGCCAAGGAAAACGGAAAACGAGAGCUGCAGAGAAUGACACUCUCCAGGAGGAAAGCUGAAGGCAAUAGCAGCAACACCACAUAUACAUCUAUCUUCUCACCAGAAUUUGGGUCUGAGGAGUUGUUCAGCAGAGACAAGAGAGAGGACAAAACUCGGGGACAGUUUCAAGAAAAUUGUAGUCCAUUUCAGUUCUCUGAUUACAGAAUACAGAGGCUCAAAAGGGAAAGACUGGUGGCAAGCAAUAAGAAAAUCCAAGACCAAGACUCAGGGCCAUCCCUGGAGAAGUUUUCUCAGUCUCCAGAAGUGCCAGGCAGUGCUUCGCGGGGGUCUACCAGCAAUUCCAGCCUCUCCAGGGCACGAGACUCCUCAGGCUCCAGCUGUUUCACUGAAGAGCAAGAACUUGGGGAGUGCAGUCACUGUGGACGCAAGUUUCUCUUGGUCAGGCUGGAGAAACACUCCAAUGUCUGUAGCAGGAUGCAGGGUUCCAAGAGGAAAGUGUUUGACUCCUCCAGGGCCCGGGCGAAGGGCACAGAAUUAGAGCAGUACCUGAACUGGAAGGGACCAACCUCAGUUAAGGCUGAACCUCCUCAGAAGAGCGACUGGCGACAGAAGCAUGAAUCUUUUAUCCGUACCCUCCGUCAGGCACGAGAGGUCCAGCAGGUAAUUGCCAAAGGUGGAAACCCCUCAGACUUGCCCCCAAUCCUGCCUGCAGAAAAUCCGGACUAUAUUCAGUGUCCUCACUGUAGCCGCCACUUUGCUCCCAAAGUGGCUGAACGACACAUUCCCAAAUGUAAGACCAUCAAGAACCGUCCUCCACCUCCAAGGAGGAAUUACAGUUGAGCAGACAGCAGUGGAAACCUUGGAUAGUUCAGAAGGCUCUGCUUCUCUUCAGCAGUAAACGGGAGUAAUUUGAUGCAAAGCAGAAAUUUCUGCAGAGCUGAAAUCAGUGAGAAGAGACCCAUUGUUAAGCAGCAGGAGGUAUAAGGAAGCCCCAGCUUCCCACUAAAUUACACCCUCAGGCUGGUAUGCCUUAUGUUAUUUCCCUAAGAACUGAUGAGUGAAGACAUGUAGUGAAUAGACUACAUUAAAACUCUCUCCUCACAAGCCUGACUUGUGGUUUGUACUAGUAAA